AUGUCACGAAAUAGAGACAAAUUAGGGAGAUUUGUAAAACAACAAAUUGAAAUUUUAGAAAACUCUCCUAAAUCGUCUUCUUCCACUCGUUCUCAUUCACCACCAUCACCCAUACUUCCUGCACUUCCAAUGAUGGCUCAACAACAGGAAAUCCAACCAAGAACGCUACAGGAUUAUCUACAUCCUACGCGUACGGCCACACCUUCAUGCAUAAUGUAUCCCAUGAAUAUGCCAAACUUCGAUUUCAAACCUGGCAUGAUUCAACUUUUACCAACCUUUCAUGGUAUGGAAAAUGAGAGUCCAUAUGUGUAUAUUCAGGCCUUCGAAGAGGUGGUGGCCACAUUCAACAACCAAGCUGACAUCAUUAACUUGGUGAGAUUGAAGUUCUUUCCUUUCUCACUCAAGGAUAAAGCCAAAAGCUGGUUGUAUUCCUUAAGGCCAAGGUCUAUUGGGACUUGGGACGAAAUGACAAAAGCAUUUUUCUCUAAAUUUUUCCCACCCCAUAAGACUAGCAGCCUUAAGAGGCAAAUCUCUACCUUCACCCAAAAGGACCAUGAAACGUUUCAUCAGGUCUGGGAGAGGUUUAAGGAUUUGAUGGGCCAGUGCCCACAUCAUGGAUACGAAAGUUGGCGUCUUGUCAGCUAUUUCUACGACGGUCUCACAGCCGACAAAAGACAAUUCGUACAAAUGAUGUGCAAUGGCGACUUCCUACAGAAAGAUCCCAAAGAAGCUUUGGAAUAUCUUGAAGAAAUUUCUGAAAAAUCAUACACAUGGAGUGCGCCAAGUCCUACAGACAAGCCACGAACAGCCGGAGUCUACCAAUUGAAGGAGGAGGACAGUGUGAAAGCUCAACUUGAAGCUUUGAAAAAACAAUUUGAGGCUUUCAAAACUCAAGAAGGUAAAGCACUCCAGAUGGCUGCAAAAGUGGAAAAGCAAGAACCAUGCUUCAUUUGUGGAGGGACUGAUCAUCAACCACAAGAGUGCCCUAGUCUUAGUAUGUUAAGGGGAGGAGAUGAGGAACAGUGUAAUGCCUUAGGGGAUUACAAGAAGCCUUAUAAUGCCUACUCCAACACAUACAAUCCUGGUUGGCGUAACCAUCCCAAUUUCAAUUGGAAGGAUACAAGUCAAAAUCAAGCAUCUGGGAGCCAAUGGAGGCCUGAUCAACAAAAGAAUUCUCUUGAGAGUUCCAUGAAAAUUCUCGCAGAAUCCCAACUAGAGUUCAGGACUUAUUUCACUCAGGUGAUAGAGGAAUUGAAGGACAUAAAGAUUCAAAUAACAAAGUUAAAUGAUUCUUCAGUCAUUCAAGAGCGUGGUAAGCUUCCCGCUCAGCCUCUAAUCACUCCCAAAGGGCAACAUAUGGCACAAACCUCCGCUCCUUCAGAGUCUAAUCUCAAAGGGGUUAAUGCUAUUACUACCCCGAAGUGGUCAAAGUACGGUAUCACCAUUACCUAA